AUGGCGGGAGCGUUAUUCUUAAACCUGCUGGUUUUCUGUACGAGUUCCAUAUUCGGACUUUCCCUCGUUUUGAACCAUUACAUAAAGACGGCGUCCACAGCAGGAGACCCGGUGUCAACAGUAGCCACGGUCAGGUGCGCUGAUGAAUGCUUCAAGACCGCCGCGUGCACGGAGUUCUCCGUGGAAACGAACGGAACAUGCACGCAUCACCGGUCAGCGUCUUUAGCUGUGGCUUACACAUUGGUGCGCGACACAUGCGAGCGCGGCAUGAGAGGCGUGGGCGGCCAUUGCUAUUAUGUAAGCGACACUCCGGCCACGUACGCUAAUGCUAGUGCUAGCUGCGCUCGACAUGGAGCAUACCUCGCUACCAUCCGCAGUGGCAAGGACCAGGAAACGAUCGAAACUCUGAUAAAUGAUGCGGGCCUACAGAUGGAGAGCUUCUGGCUCGGAGGAUUGAUCACAACCACAACGCUACCUAACAGUACAAUCGGUUACACAAGUAGCUGGGACAACGGCGAGCCUUGGAACUACGAAAACUAUGCCCCUGGGAAGCCUUCAGGAGAUGGACACUGUAUCCAAAUGAAGAACAUCAACCGUAUUUUCCAGUGGAAUGACGUCGAUUGUGAAAGGCUUCAACACUUUGUUUGCGAGAAGUAACAUAUAUAUAUAUGUAUAUAUAU